GCAAGCCACCAAUAAAACGAGGAAGAAGGAAGCGCUCACUGACGUAUUCAAUCUGCGACAUAAACACGGUGUAUGUAGCAUGUAGCAGUAGAACCUGCAGCUUUGUUGGGUGUCUCUCGUCGCCUCGUAGUUUAUGACAAUGAGAAGUUUCUGGAAAACUCCGUGAGUGUUUGAGUUUAUAUUUGAUCAGAGAAAAGUCUUUGGUUUGUUAAACUUAUACAGAGUCGGUUAGCUGAGUUAGCUUCUAAGCUAACCUUCUCUCGGACCUGUGUUUGUGUGUUUCUGUUGUAUGUGUGUGUGUAGGUGAGGAUGUGACAGUAACAGGGCGUGUGUCGGUGCUGUUGUGGAGCUGUGGAGGAGCUGGAGGAAGGCAGGCGGAGGGUCCGAGCCCUGUGUCCGGGAUGGAGACGUGGACCCCGAACCCCCGAGCCAAACCUUUCGUCCCCCGUCAGCAGAGGAGUCUGUACCUCACCUGGAAAUACAAACUGACCAAUAAGAGGACGAUCCGGCGGUUUUGUCAGGUAACGGAGGGACAGAGGCGGGAGUCUGGGGUCGGUCUGUGGGACUGAAGCAGCACCACAACUUUACCUUUAAGACAGUUAACAAUAAAACAAUUAAAACCAUUACCUUUAAGAUCUUAAACAGUUUUACCUUUAAUACAUUUAACACCUUUAUCAAUAAGAACUUUACCUUUAAUACAGUUAACAAUAAAACCAUUACCUUUAGUACAUUUAACACCUUUUUUAAAUAAGAACAUUACCUUUAAGAUCUUAAACACCUUUACCUUUGAUAAAUUUAACACCUUUAUCAAUUAGACCAUUACCUUUAAUACAGUUAACACCUUUUAUCAAUAAGAACAUUACCUUUAAAACAGUUAACAAUAAAACCAUUACCUUAAAGAUCUACACAACUUUUCCUUGAAUACAUUUAACACCUUUAUCAAUAAGAACUUUACCUUUAAUACAAUUAACACAUGUCACACCUUUAUCAAUAAGAACUUUACCUUUAAGAUCUUAAACACCUUUACCUUCAAUCCAUUUCUGUGCAGCCUUGAUAGUGGAGCACUUUGUGUUUUUUUUCUUCCACAGGCUGGUGCUGUGCUGUUUCUGCUGAUAACAGUCAUAGUCAACAUUAAACUCAUCUUGGACACAAGAAGAGUGGCUAAUGAAGAUGCAGCAGCUCAAGAAUAUGGUGAGACCUUCCUCUGCUCUCUCUGUUUACGUCGUUGUGAAGGCCAGGUUCGCAUCUUGAAACUGACAUGUUCAAAAGAGAGUCCUGUUGGUCCCAGAAGCUGUUCACGUGAAAAGGUUGAUCAUUGGUUUGUCUGUACCAAAGGAUCUAAUCCUGAUGUCAUACUCGAUUUCAGAGGAUACAAUACCCAACAUGGAGACACCACGCAGACCUGCUAAUGGGCGUAAAGUCCUGGACAUUGAGGUGUACUCCAGCCGCUCCAAGGUCUACGUGGCAGUGGACGGCACCACCGUGGGUUUAGUUUCCUUUAAUAUCAGUGAGGGAUUCAGCAGCACUGAAGUGGACCACACGAGUUAAUCCAAGUGUUUUUGUUGGUCUGUGUCCUGCAGGUCUUGGAGGACGACAUGCGAGAGCAAGGCAGAGGCAUCCAUGUGAUUGUUCUCAAUCAGGCGACUGUGAGCUGUGUUUUUGAUCUAAUGUUUACAGACAUGAUUUUUUCUGUUUUUAAGCUUUUUGAUAUCUUUGAUUCUUUCCCUUUGCUGGAAAAAAUAUUAAUGAAUUUAAAGAAUGAUGUUUGCAGAAGCAGAGACUCUUCAGUAGAUGUGGUGGAAGAUGAAGUUGAAGCUCUUUCUGUCGCUUGUCUCAGGGUCACGUGAUGGCCAAGAGAAUAUUUGACACCUACUCUCCCCAUGAGGAUGAAGCAAUGAUCCUCUUCCUCAACAUGGUGACCCGGGGUCGAGUCCUCAUCUUCACCAUAAAGGUCAGUGACUGAUUCUGCGACGAAUCGGACGUCAAAUUCACACGUCAUACCUAAACGCUUCUGAUCAGAGCAUGUAUUCAACGUCUAGGAUGAGGGGACCUUCCACCUGAAGGAUGCUGCGAAGAACCUGCUCAAGAGUCUGGGCAGCCAGGUGUCCCUCAACCUCAGCUGGAGGGACAUGUGGACUCUCGUGGUGAAGAAAGGAGGUAGAGGAGCAAAAUUGAUCCAUCCUGAAACUCUCUGUGUCCACUGUGUUGUAACGGACUGAUUCAGUUUUUAUGGAGUCUGCAUAUUAAUGCUGAAUCUGUCCUGAGACGUCUGGGAUUUUGGCAUGAGAAGUGGUCUGGUUUCUGUUUGAGAUGUUUGAGCUCCUAAUAACUUGCACAUUCAAGCUCACAUUGUGUGUUUUGGGUUUCAGGUCAGGUGUACGGGGAGAAGCAUGCAAAGUCUCCAGCUCUGUCCACAUGGGGGGACCCGGUGCUGCUGAAGACUGAGGUCCAGCUCACUGCCUCUGAGGGUAAACGUGCACCAACACGUCUGGAGACAAAAAUGAUCAAAUCUAAAGAUCCUCAUCUUAAAAAAGUGAAACACUGCCUCGUACCUUAAAUGUGAUCCUCCUCCCUGCAGAGGCGGAGUGCCACUGGGCCGACACGGAGCUCAACAGAAGGAGGAAGCUCUUCUGCAGCAAAGUUGAAGGGUACGGUAGCAUCUGCAGCUGCAAAGACCCGGCGCCCAUCGAGUUCAACCCAGACCCUGUAAGAACCUGAACCUCACAGCUGGAGGUUUUUUUCUCUUGACAUGCCUGUAAUUAAAGGAGACAGCUGACAGAGUAAAGAGUCACUCAAUCAGGGCAAGGCGAGUUUAUUUACGUGGCAUCGGUCACCCUCUGACAUUGUUAUGUUUAACUGUGUAUCAUCUGGGUCGUUAUGGUAACUACAUUUGUUGUUUUCUAUCAUUUGAGCCUAUGAGCAGAUGUAGAUGUAGAUGUUGGGGGGCCCCCAGGGUGGAGUCUUGGGGAACCUCAGAUCUCAGACUUGAUUUACAAACUAGUGUUUUAACCAUGGUGUAUUUUUCUUCUGCAGCUAAUAAACAACAACGUCUUCAACGUCCCAGUCGCCGUCAUAGCGGGAAACAGACCCAACUAUCUCUACAGGUGAGAAGGAGGAAGAGAUUUUAAACUCAUGUGACUUCUUCUUCAUUUAUUUAUAAUUUUAUCAGUUUAUUUGACUGGGACAUUAUACAGUCGUGUUUGUUUUUGGUGUGCAUGUGUUCAUUUCCUUAAUGUGCACUGAAAGAAAAAAGCCAAAAUUGACAUAAUUUGACAGGAAACUCAAAAAAUGGGCAGGACAAAAUUGUUGGCACCCUCAGCUAAAUAUUUGGGGACACGCUCUUGAGAAAAAUAACCGAAACCAGUCGUCUCCUUUAACCUUUAAUAAGCUUCUAACACCUCUAAGAUGGACUUUUGGACCAUUUUUCUUUUGCAAACUGCUCCAAGUCUCUCAGAUUUUUGCAACACCAAUUAAGCACUCUUUUUUUUGUCCAGGAUGUUGAGGUCACUUCUCUCAGCACAUGGUGUCAACCCUCAGAUGAUAACAGUCUUCAUCGACGGAUAUUACGAGGUACAAACUGGGAUGAUUCACUUCUCUGUUAAAACUUCGAAUCACAGCAGAGCCUCGUCAGUUUUAAGUAUUCACGUCUGUCUGUUCGGGUUUUUUAAUCCAGGAGCCGAUGGAUGUGGUCGAGCUGUUCGGACUGAAGGGAGUCCAGCACACACCGAUCAGCAUCAAGAAUGCACGAGUGUCCCAGGUAAACACAAACAACGAAUAAACGCAGUGUUUAUAUGGGAGAUAGUUUCAAAUAUAAAUCUCUGUUUCAGCUUUUAACGGUCACUUCAAAGCUCUCAUUGAUUUCUGUUUCAUACUCAUUUCUUAAAGUGCACUUUAUAUGAGGUACUGAAGUACACUAAGAACUGGUAGUUGAACCCUUUCUUGAGUAAAUUGUCAUUAAAGUGACAUUACUGCUUUGUGCCGCAGCAUUACAAGGCCAGUCUGACUGCAACUUUCAAUCUUCACCCGGUGAGUGCUCUGGUCGUCUUUUGGUUUGCCUCUCAGUUGAAAAAUAUGAUUCUAUCACGAUUCAUUGGUCUUUUAAUUGAUCGAUUAUUGGAACUCUCAUCAGGAGGCAAACUUCGCCAUCGUCCUCGAAGAAGACCUGGACAUAUCCAUCGACUUCUUCAGGUAUGCAAAAACAUCUACCUGAAUUACUAAGUGGUAACUAUGAGAGCAAAGUCAACCGCAGCACCAGUAAUGAGCUGCAGGUUCGUAGGUGGAAUCAAAGGUGUGUUAUAUUCACCAGGUCUGGGUAUAAAAGUGUCAGCAGCUGCAGAAAUCACCACUAGAUGGCAGUAAAUCCACAUUAACAGAUCACAGUGAUCCUCUUUGUUUGACAGACUUGACUUUACACUGUGUGUUUGCUGCCAUGAAACGUCCAGCUCUCUCUCUCUCUCCCCCUGAUCUGACCUGCCAGGUGACUUCAAACCGCUCAAAAACCCUCAAAGCGGUCCUCUCUGUCGGUUUAGAAGUCGGUUCACUCCCUGACAUGAGAGCCAAAGUUUUUCCUCCUAACAGAGCUGUUAUUUUCCUGACGUUAACUUCUUCACACGGAGGACUGAAUAUCAACAGUGUAGAAAUAUUCCUGUGAGAGAGGCGGUAUCUGACUUCUCAAGAUCAGCGUGAAACAGACCCUCAUAAUUCCCUCAUUGCUCACCAUUUAUCUUUUCUGCAGUCGUCUAAACUAUGUAAUUGGUUUAUAAUGAAGCGUUUGCUCCUCUGAAGGUGGAUCUGACUGUUUUUUUGCUGAUUUUCUUUCAGUUUUUUGAGUCAAACCAUCCACCUGUUGGACCAGGAUGACAGCCUGUACUGUAUAUCAGCCUGGAACGACCAGGUGAGCGAACACUGCACCUGCUCUUUGUCCCACAUUCAUCCCACGUCCGUUUGUGCAUGUAACCGUGCAUAUAGAGAUAGAUGUAAGAGCGUAUAGAAGUCCUAAGCUGUUACCUCUGAAGGAUGUCUGAGGAUUCGCAUGUCUGAUUGACCUCUGUUGUUGUCCAGGGCUAUGAGCACACAGCAGAAGACCCGGCCCUGCUCUACAGAGUGGAGAGCAUGCCCGGCCUGGGCUGGGUGCUGAAGAAGAGCCUGUACAAGGACGAGCUGGAGCCCAAGUGGCCGACGCCCGAGAAGGUGCGGAUAGGCUGAUGCUUGUGGUUUUACAAUCCUCCUGAACUUUGUCCAAAUUCACUGUCAAGCUCCCAGUCCAACAUCGCAGUCCCUCGUCAUUUCUGAAGGAGGGAUUCUCAGUUUUCAUGAGAUUAUAUAUAAAUGUGGCAGCAUGACCUGGUGCUGUAAGCUGAGGUGUUGGAUCAAAUGAAAGUUCUCCUGAAAUGAUUUUUUGUUUUGCAGCAUUUCAGACAAAGUGUUUGACGCUGGCAGAGUUCAUCCUGUAGAAACAGAACUUGCAGAUUUCUUUAGUUUUUCCUCAUAUCAACAAACAUCAGUCAAAACACGUCAGUAAAGCGGGUGUUGUGUUGUGUUGUGUUGUGUUGGUCUUGCAGCUGUGGGACUGGGACAUGUGGAUGCGAAUGCCCGAGCAGAGGAAAGGCAGAGAGUGCAUCAUCCCAGACGUGUCCCGCUCGUACCACUUCGGCAUCAUCGGCCUCAACAUGAACGGAUAUUUCCACGUAAGAUCUGAAACACUGUUCUCAGACAUUCUCCUCCAUAAUGCAAAGUUAAAAAUCCCUGUUUUCGUACUUUACUCGACGUCACGUCUCUGUCUCACAGGAGGUUUAUUUCAAGAAACACAAGUUCAACACUGUUCCUAAUGUACAGCUGAAGAAUGUAGACAGGUAAAGAUGUUUGAUUUCUGUCCAAAGAUAUUCAACAAAAUCAAAAGUAACGUGUGUUUAAAACUGUGACAUGCUCGUUUUCUCAGCUUAAAGAAAGACGCUUAUGAAGUGGAGAUCCAAAACCUGCUCAAGUGAGUGAAACUCUAAAAUCAGAAGAAAAGAAAUUUUACUCAGAUGUUAGAAAUUCGAUGUUUGUGUGUGUGAUCCCAGAGAAGCAGAGGUUCUGGACCACUCCAAGAACCCGUGUGAGGACUCCUUCCUGCCGGACUCGGAGGGGAAGACCUACGUCAUGUUCAUUAAGAUGGAGACGGAGACCGACACGUCCACGUGGACGGAGCUCGCCAAGGUAGGCAGCCAGAGGAGGAGCUCAAAGAAGAGCCGAAGUCUUGAGUAUUUGUUGGAGGAUUUUUCAUGAGUUUGAGAGAGCCAGCCAAUCAGAACCUUCCUUCUGUCUCCUGUUAGUGCCUCCAUGUGUGGGAUCUGGAUGUUCGGGGCUAUCACAGAGGCCUGUGGCGGCUUUUCAGGAAAAGGAAUCACGUCCUGGUGGUGGCCGUGCCGAUCUCUCCGUACUCGUGAGUAAAACUCUGAUUUGUCUUGAUGCGAGGGUCUACUUUAAGGGGGCAUCCCCAACAAAAACCUCCUCUUCUCUACUUAAAAGUGGUCUUAAGAGUUUCAAAGUCCUGCUGCACUGACUGGUUUUAGUCCAGACUCGACUGAGGUGAUAAAAGAGUCCGGCUGUAGCAGUGUGGCGAUCACCAGUCUUUAGUUUUGAACAUGACAGAGUUAGACACUUCUGUCAGAACUUAAACUUGAAUUGUUGGGCUGCAGAUGUGUGUGCGGUGCUCUCAGACUAACAAACGGUGUGAUGAGGUUUUCCUCAGGCAUCGACACGAGAGAGAGCAAAUAAUACAAGGGGAGAUCCUGCAGAAAUUUACAAAAGCAGCUCUUUAAUAUGACCCAACAGGGGAUCCUUGAGUCUCCUGUUUUCAGCUCAGCUUUGGUUACAGCACUAAAAAUCAAAAAUCAACAUAAAUACUGAGCUGACUUUGAUUCAGAUUAUAAACUUAAAUCUGAGCUGAUUUUAUCUGAGAACAAAGAAACACUUUAAAAAGUUUUAACCCGAGAGUUCAACACCUCAAACAAUCACUCUGUCCUUUUCUUAUCCUUUAUCCUUUAUCAUUUACCCGUCCUCCCACCCUCUCUUGCCCACCCCCCACCCCCUCCCCUGUUAAUGCCCAGUGUGAAGAAACCAGCCUCGGUCACCCCCCUUCACUUAGAGCCCCCGCCCAAAGAAGAAGGCGCCCCGGUGGAGCAGAUGUAACUCUGAUGUUGGACUCAGACUUCAGACGCUCCAGGCCUUAACUCAAUCCAACAACAACAACAACAACACUAAUAAUCCAGCCUGGGAUCCACAAUCACAGCUCAGUGGACUUGAGGAUACCCGGGAACUGGACUCUGACUUUCACCUUUUGAUACCUUACAGAGAGGAAGUCACUCGACAAACUGCACUACUAAAUCCGUCCCGCCGCUUCAGGACGGUUGACCACUUUUAGUCCAACAGGACCGACACAUGAUCUGCUGAACUUGAACGGUACAAACGACCCAAACCCAGUCACCAGACUUCAUCUCGGAGCUCAUCCUGUUUUUGUUUUUUUAAACUACUGAAUGAUUUGUCCAUCGUGUACAAAUGUUUUAACUUAUCUCUAUUUAUUUCACAUCUCUCAGUCAAACAUGAGGUCAGUGUUUCAUCUCUGAAGAUCAACUUUUAUGGAGAAUCAGCGCUUAUUUUAAAGAGCCUAACGUUUACAAAGAAAUGAUGUAUAUACGGCACAUGUCUAUAUCUAUUUUUUUGAUGAAAAAUUUAGAGAGUGGCUGUAUUUUUCAGAGUUAGGGUUAGAGAGAGCGGAUAAAGAGCCCUGUGGGUUUUUAGGACCGGUGGACUCAGGUCAGAGUAUAAAGAGAGAAACUCGACGGUGGCUGAGAAGGACAAAAACGAGGAAACAUGAGUGGAUUCAGAGAUAAUUACUCUAGAUUUAAGGUUCGGCUUUAUUUAGAAAUCCACUGAUUUUGUUUAAAAACAUGAAAGUUUUUGAAAGAGGGUCAGGAAAAUAAAAACACAAGAUUUCAAGGAAAAAGACAGUAAAUUAAAAAGGUCAUCAGUCUCGUUUAACAUGCUUAGCCCCGCCCCCUUUAAAAAUCAACAAAUCAUGAGGCCGAUCUUUAACUACAACUGUAUAAAUCGUGGACGUCGUGUCUGGAAGCAGAAUACUGGCCAAAUUCAGACUUUAAAUCGACCAAUCAUGAGGCAGAGAGGUGGAGUAGAGGCGGAGUUCGCUAACAUUGAUAGUAUAUUCACCCUCAUGCUGCAGAAGUCCACUCCUCAGUAUCUUCAGCUCUAAUUAAACAUUCACUCAGUUCGACAAAUAAACUUUUCAGACUAAAACAGUUUAAUUCUUUUGGCUCUAAAAAGUUUUAAUUUUAAGUUUCUUUCACAGCGUGUUUCUGGUUUCCGUCUGGUUUUAAACAGACACUUGAGGAGCUGCAGCUUUGAGCGCCCCCUGGCAUAGACCUCACUUUACAUCCUCCUAAAUAAAAAAAAACAACACAUUUUUUAAAUCCUUCACACCUCCUUCGGUUUCCUCAGCAUGUGGAGUUUUGGCCUCUCAGCAACCAACUCGCUUACAGUCAUUGUCGAGUUUCACGGGGGGAGAAAACUCAGUCGAACGGGGUCUCUUUGGUCUGCAGGUUGGCUGUGAUGAACUGAAAAAGAUGAGCAGGAGUUUAAAAAGGUUCCUGUGUAUUUUUGACGAUAAAAUAACUGCUGCAAUCAUCCGAAAAUAACAGUAUUACUGACUCUUUAUGGAGGGAGGGGAUUACGUGAGGAAUCGUGUUUAUUCUGGGAUUUGUCUCGUCCUUAAUUUGUCAUCCGGUCCGGCCAAUUCAACCGAACUAAUCCUCCAAGAUAGAUCACGUUUGACACAGACUGUAACACUGAAGAAAGCUGCUGCUGUAGUUCUGAGAGAAUUAUUUUAAGAUUACGGUUUGAUUCAGUUCUUGGAGAUGACAGAGAGCAUAUCCAGCUCCUUCAAGGGGGUGUUUGUUUUGUUCGUAGAAUUGAAAGUGAGGUUGUGUUCAUUUUUAUGGUAAAGUCUUUGAUCUGGAGGUCAGCACAACACAACAACACACAGAGUCAGGAGUUUAUAAAGAAAACGCACAAGUUUAGGAUCGAGUAACAACACUACAAAGGUUUGGUAAAGAUUUCUUCUUGCAGAUGAAUCAACGGUGUUAGUUUGACACGGAGCUGAGGAGUGAGGACACACGUGUCAGUAUUUGCAGGCUGAAGCGUCUUGGUGCUUUUUCCACAUAGAUUUGUUGAAUUUAAAACUAAAGUUGAGCAGAAAUAUUUAUCAGAUGAUUUUUAUCAUAUCAUGAUAAAGAGGCGUCUCCUCCACCUUUACCUUCUUUUUGAGUGAUCUCAUCUGUCCGUCACUAAACCGACAGAGUGAAUGCGCUUCGGUACUUCCUGUUUGUUUGUUUUAUUCAUGUGUCUGAACCGUUUACUCGUCAUCGAAGAGUCCGCCCACUUUAUGAGAGGUUCUUUUUAAGUUUGCUGUGAGCUUGGCUUUAUCUCCUCAGUAAUGCGGUUAAUUUAAUUUGAUGCUGUGAGAGAGUUUGGCGAUGAGGAUCUACGGACACGCAGUCUGACAUCCAGUAUAUAUGAGUUUCUUUAUCUUUUAACAUGGAAAUGAAUAAAGAAGUUUUCUACUGUG